AUGGGGUUAGCGGUGCUUGAUGCCCUUGAUUCAUCUCGUACACAAUGGUACCACAUCAAAGCCAUUGUGAUAGCUGGCAUGGGUUUCUUCACCGAUGCUUACGACCUCUUUUGCAUAACCACAGUUUCAAAACUCUUAGGUCGAUUGUAUUACUUCGACCCAAGUACAGGCAAACCCGGAAAGCUUCCCGUUCCUGUUAACAACGCUGUGACUGGAGUUGCUCUCAUCGGAACCCUAGCAGGCCAAUUAGUCUUUGGUUGGCUCGGAGACAAACUUGGCCGCAAGAAAGUCUAUGGAAUCACGCUUGUUAUCAUGUUCGUUUGUGCUAUAUGUUCAGGCCUAUCAUUUGGUUUAACACCCAAGUCAGUGAUUGGAACACUAUGUUUCUUCAGAUUCUGGCUUGGUUUUGGCAUUGGUGGAGAUUACCCUCUCUCUGCUACAAUCAUGUCUGAAUAUGCUAAUAAAAGGACACGUGGAGCUUUCAUCGCUGCUGUGUUUGCUAUGCAGGGUGUGGGAAUCAUCUUCGCAGGGUUGGUUUCCAUGUUGUUCUCGAAAAUUUUCUUAUACUAUUGCCAUGCUCCGAGCUACACCAUUGACAUGGCGAAGUCGACACAACCAGAGAGUGACAUGUUAUGGCGAAUAGUGCUCAUGAUCGGAGCUAUCCCGGCGGCGAUGACAUUCUACUGGCGAAUGAAGAUGCCGGAGACAGGUCGUUACACGGCUUUAAUAGAAGGGAAUGCAAAGCAAGCAGCUGCGGAUAUGGCUAGGGUUUUGGACAUUGAAAUCCUCGCUGAGCAAGAGAAAUUGUCUCAGUUUAAAGAUUCUAAUGAAUAUUCGUUGUGGUCUAAUGAGUUCUAUCAGCGACAUGGGAGACAUUUAAUUGGCACGAUGAGCACGUGGUUUUUGUUAGACAUAGCUUUCUAUAGCCAGAAUCUUACACAGAAGGAUAUUUUCCCUGCGAUUGGACUCAUAUCAAAGGAUGUGAAUAUGAAUGCUGUGGAAGAAGUUUAUCAGACGUCACGUGCCAUGUUCGUGAUUGCGUUGGCUGGAACUUUCCCUGGUUACUGGUUCACCGUUCUCUUCAUUGAAAAGCUUGGCCGUUUCAAGAUUCAGCUCAUGGGGUUCUUCAUGAUGUCUAUCUUCAUGUUCAUGAUUGGGAUAAAAUAUGAUUACCUCAGAGAUCAAAACAGAACCCUCUUUGUUUUGUUGUAUGGGUUAACGUUCUUUUUUGCUAACUUUGGACCUAAUAGCACUACCUUUGUGCUGCCGGCGGAGCUGUUCCCGACGAGGCUGAGGUCCACGUGUCAUGCUUUCAGCGCGGCAGCUGGGAAAGCCGGUGCCAUGGUUGGGGCGUUUGGGAUUCAGAACUACACGUUGAGCGAUGAAUCGAAGCAAAUACGAAGGGCGAUGAUGAUUCUGGCGGUGACCAACAUGUUGGGGUUCUUCUGCACGUUUUUGGUUACUGAAACGAAGGGACGGUCGUUGGAAGAAAUCUCCGGCGAGGUCGGCAGAGAGAGUGAACUCACUCCUUCUACAAAUGAUAGGGUUUCGGUGACUCGACAUGGAACCCACGCGGAGACAAUGUGA